GGAAUGUUUCCCGUUCCUCGUCGUGCAGCCGGGGGCCGCGGCGUUUACAGUCUGCCGAAGGCGAAGCCACGUGUUGGAAACCGGUGAUCGCGCGCUCGUGUUCACCCCCAAAGAGGCUGUGCGCGUUCCCUCGCGAUGUGCCAUUGGGCUUCGUCCACUAGAGGUUCCUCGGCGAUACUUUAUUGAGCUCGUGAGGAGAAGCGACUCCCUUGACGAAAAAUGGCGGUUCUUAUGAGUUUUUGGCUAUUAGCUGAUUUGACUAACGGAUUCAAUCGUGGACAUCUACCAUGUCGUUCUGUCAGGUGCGGCUAGUGAAGUGGAGUUUUCCAGUUUGCGCUCUAAUUCUUGGGCUUUUAUGGUACAAACGUCGACGUGUGGAUCGAGUUGAUCCAGGUGGAUCGUCCAAAUCGAACGGUGACACCAGUCUAUCCAACGGUAGCAGCCUCAAAGCUGCCCAAAACGGAAAUUUAUGUGAUUCUGGCAUACAGACCGAUGACUCUUUUUCUUUUAAUACAACAACAGCCAGUACGCCAGUAGAAGAAAUUAUUAGCCCGAGGAAAGUUAGCGAAAGCUUAGAUAUACCUAAUAGAAAGUCAAACUCACAGUCGUUGUCUUUGCUUUCUUGUAAAUCAAUUGAAUUCAGCAAUACGCCUUGGUACGACGACGUAGAGAACACACCCGAGAUGAAGGAGAUCCAAUUGGUUAGUAAUCCGACCAACAGUGGCUUAGAUUUUAUGACCAAGAAUAAGCCCGAUGAACUGAAAAAUAGUAAAAAUUCGAGCAUAAUAGAGAACAUGAUUGAAGAGGAGGCAAAAAUCGUCGUAGCUAAAAGCGAAGUUACCGAACAGAUGAACAUCUCGCAAAGCGAGUUUAAGAACUGCAAAAAAUCGGUAACCGCCGAUGAUCAGCAAUCGAGUGGAGAUGAGAAGAAACAGAGGCAGGUCCUCUCAGAAAGAGAUUCAGCUAAUCACAGUCCAGUGUCGGGUGUCCUCGAAGGUAGUGUCACCGAUGAAGCCAGAAGUGAAGGGAGUACGGAUAGUGGAAAAGGCGGUAGUAUAAAAGGUCAUCCAAAGGAUAACAACAGAACAAUUUAUGAGUUCUUAGUUUCAAUAAAACUCGUCGGCAAACUCAUUGGCCGUGGGGGACAAUUCUUCCAGCAUAUACGCAACAAUGCUGACGUUGGUAUCGUAGUAAAGCGUCACCCGAGUGAACGCGAUUACAAGAUCUGCAGCAUCGAUGGUACACCUGAGAAUAUAGCGACAGCCCUAGAUAUGAUUCGCCAGUUAUUUCCCGAAAAAACGACUCCUUUUCUUAGUCUCGAGCAGAUAGCUUACGAGAUUUUACCCGAAGAGAUACCAUGGGUGUCGGAACUCAUGCAGUUAUCAUUGAUUGAAGGAGUGAACAACGAUGUAAUCGUUAGUCACAUUUAUAAACCGAAUCACUUGUUUAUACAGUUGCCGACGCAUCCGACGUAUCCGUCAUUAAGAAUCUUAGACGAUAAAAUGACAGAGCUGUAUGAGACAGUUGAGUCGCCACCUGUACCAGAUGAGCUGAGAAAAGGUAUGAUUGUUGUAGCAAAAUGGUAUAAUAAAUGGGUCAGGGUGUAUAUUGAAACUCCCGAUCCGAAAGGCGAACAGUCACUGGUUCGUCUAGUUGAUCAUGGUGGCUAUUGGAUAUUUAGUAAUUCUAAUAUGAGGAAAAUAAGGUCAGAUUACCUUAGUUUACCGUUCCAAGCCAUUGAAGUAUUUUUAGCUAAUGUACGGCCGAAAGAUGAAGAAUGGAGUCAAGAAGCAUAUAAUGUAGUAGGACAAAUUUGUUCCCGUAUCGUAGGUCAAGCACAAAUCGUAGGCUACGUAGACUGCAGCACAUUUAUAAAUUUGUACUUUAAUAUUCAUAAGCAUGGCGUCAUAUCUAUAGCAGACGAACUUAUAGCUCGAGGGAUAGCAGAAUCUAUAUCUUUAGAUGAGGUAUUCCCACAGGAAAUACUACCGUCUGUGUGAAUCUAAGUCUAAAGCUUAAUUGUUGUCUCUAUUUGCGGAUCGAACAUAAAAGUGAAGAGGUGUGGAUAUGUGAUGAGAGCAUGAGAGAUUUACAAGUGAGGAUUAACAUUGUAUGCUGACAAAAAACAAUUAUUUUGUGAUUUAUAUUAGUGCAGUCUUUAGGUUUUUGCACUGCGCGUAUUUUUUUUUAAUUGAAUUGAAUCAAUUCUUUUGCCAUCGAAUCGAAUACUAUCGUUUGCGAUCUCGAAAUUAUUGCAU